AUACAUAUGUAGUAGUUCAUAGCAGUGUUACCGUAGAAUACGUGUUACUUUGAUGGUCUAAGUAUUAUUUCACCAACCUAAUUUAACAAGUGUACAUAAUAAUUAUCCCUUUACUUCGAUUAAUUGUGCCGGCUAGCUUGUAGCGCGUAUUUAUUUUCUAUACUGUGUGCAUAUAGGUACUUAUGUCGAUAUAGUAGUGGUUGGUAGUAUAGAUAAACAGAUGUUGACUAGUGUCAAAGUACAGGUGUCUCGCUAUCAAGAUUGCGAAGAAAAUACCAGAAUGCUGCGUGGAUUUAAUAGAGUUUUUGGUCAUAAAGGAUUUAUCUUGGAGCCAUAUGUGACCUCCAUGCAGUUAUCUUGUAAUUACACCUCAGCCAAUACUAAUAGAAAUGUACAAAAACUACCAUCAUUACCAGUACCAAAACUUGGAGACACAUUGAAAAAGUAUUUACUUACCGUAAGGCCCUUUUUGAGUGAUGAUGAGUAUGCAAGAACUACAGCUCUUGUGAGAGAUUUCGAGAAGGGCCAAGGGCAGCAGUUACAGGUUUUGUUAGAGAAGAGGGCACAGGAACAUCUGAAUUGGCUUGAAGAUUGGUGGCUGAAUACUGCUUACCUUGAAUACCGUGACCCAGUUGUUGUGUAUUCCAGCCCUGGACUUGUUUUCCCGUUUAGAAAGUUUCAAACUCAAAAUGAUCAAUUGAAAUAUGCUGCUAAGACUUUGUUGGCUUCUUUAAGUUACAAGAGCUUAAUAGAUAAUGACAAAAUACCCGUUGAGAUGAUGGGUAAGAAUCCUCUAGAUAUGAUCCAGUAUAAGAAAGUAUUUGGAACCUGCAGAGUUCCGCACGCAAAACGAGACAAGUUAUCUUUUAAUAACAGUAAGCAUGUCACCGUCAUCCAUAAUAACCAUAUUUUCCACGUCGAUCUCUGGGGUGACGACGGAGUAAUGCUGAAUGAAGAACAGAUAGUUCAACAAUUAAAAAAAGUAAUUGAACUAUCGAGUCGUCCCAAUAAUCAGGGUAUAGGUAUUCUGACAUCUGAAAAUCGUGAUACCUGGGCAAAGGCUUAUGACCUUCUGGCUAAAGACAAAACCAACAGUGAAUCUUUAGCAGAUAUUGAGAAAAGUAUUGUUGUUUUGUGUUUGGAUGGAGCUGUCGACCUUUGGAAUCAUAAAGAUGCGGACGCCCGUCGAAACUUGGCAGGAGCACAGACCAUACAUGGGGGAGGUUCGCAAAGUAACGGUGGCAACCGUUGGUUUGACAAGACUAUACAAUUUAUUGUGGGUGCGGAUGGCGUAACAGGUCUCACAUACGAACAUUCCCCUGCAGAAGGCCAACCAAUAGCUAUUUUAACUGAUUUCAUUAUUAAGUAUAUUGAAGAAAAUAAAGCUCCCGAAGGAUCGUCAAAAAGUCCUAAACAACCAAAAUUACUGGAAUUCAAAGUAAGCUCAGAAGUUAAUAACAUGAUAGAAGACGCCAAGAAAAAUUUAGACAAAUUAGUUCAAAAUCUACAAUUGAAUUGCUUCCAGUACGACAAAUAUGGAAAAAAUUUCAUAAAGUCGCAGAAGUUAAGUCCAGAUAGCUACAUACAAAUGGCCAUGCAGCUCGCUUUCUAUAGGUUACACAACACACCUGGAGCCCAUUACGAGUCUGCAGCUACAAGAAUGUAUGUUGGCGGACGCACGGAAACAAUACGAUCGUGCUCAAUCGAAUCGAUAGAAUUUGCAAAAACAAUGUUAAAUUCACAAAGUACUCCAAAAGACAAAAUAUCUGCAUUGAAGAGUGCUAUAAAUUCUCAUAAAAACUAUACAGUUCAGGCAUUACAAGGAUUUGGUGUUGAUAGACAUUUACUUGGUUUAAAAUUAACUGCUAUUGAAAAUGGCAUUGAAAUACCAAAAUUAUAUUCUGAUCCUGGAUUUACAAGAAGUGCCCAUAUGAGGAUUUCUACUAGUCAGGUCGCUUGUAAGUGUGAUGGAUUUAUGUGUUACGGGCCAUUAGUGGCUGAUGGGUAUGCAACCUGUUACAACCCCAGAGACAAUGAUAUUAACUUCGCUACUGCUGCAUUUGUCGAACACCCGGACACCGAUUGCAGUAAAUACAGGAAUGCUUUGGAACAAACUCUCCAAGAUAUGCAUGAUGUUCUCUUGAAGAAUGUUCCUUCUAAACUGUAGGAGCACAUGACCCACUCCAGGCACCAGCCCAGUUAUACGAGUGCCUAUAAACGCAAUAUAUGAAUAUACUCAUUCAAUAUUUAUGAGGUGAAGGAAUAUUAUUGUAUUAUUUAUAUUUAUAUUAUGAAAUAUAUUUUAUUAUGCAUAUGGAAAAAGGUAGGUAUUACUACUUUUAUAAAAAAAAAUAUACUCAUUUUUGUUUAGGGGCCGUUCAAGUAUUACAUGGGCACAGUGGGGCUACGCUUUUAUUGCUCACCAGAUGGCGCUUAUCUAGCAAUACGUCUGUUUGUCCAAUCACUGUAGCUGUCAAAUAUUGAACGUCCAAUGUUAGUCUAGCUAAUUCCCUGUUGGACGAAAAACCAGAGGUCGUAAAAGCCCCAUUGAGGGUAUUUGCUUUGCUUGUCUUAGAUGACAUGGCGAGUAGGGGAGUCUAGAUAAUGAUUACGUCAGUGGUAGUUAUUUAUUUUUUUUACCCGAAUGGCAACCCUCGCUUUGUCUUUACUUGAAAACGAAACUCAUCUUCGGGGAUUCGCCAAUUUUGCAUUAUGUUUAGGCACUCGCUGUUGAAUACCAUGCCAUCAAUAAAAUCUAUUAUCUUGCUACUAUUCUACAAGGGAGAUGAGAGGGGGAGGGGGACUAAAUAAUUGUAAUAAAUCUGCUUACGAAGUACUUGAAUGGCCCUCUACAUUAAGUUACAUUAAGUGCCAAAUCGACAGAUCAAUCGGAUUAUAUGCUUAAUCAAUCAUACCUACAGUUCCUGGCCACAUUAUUAGAUACACUCUUCAUUAUUUCAAAAUGAAUUAUUCAUUUAGAAAAGUGCGUCUAAUAAUAUGACCAGGAAUUGUAUUAGAUUCAUAAAAUAAAAACUUAAACAGGUGGUGGAGAUAACAUAUAAUUAUAAGUGAACAUUAAAAAAUAUAUACCUAAUUGUAAGGCCAAUUGUAACAAUUUAUACAAUAAAGUUUUAUAUGUUUAUACUUUA